UAUCUAUAUAUACAUCAGUAUAUGUGGCAUAGGUUAUCUAUAUAUACAUCAGUAUAUAUAGACUAUUCUUCAAAGAUGGUAUAUGCUGUACGUAAGAUACGGUUAGUGUACGUUGUUAAAAUCUAAAAUCUUUUGUCGUUAAUUAAAUAGCACCAGCAUGGAGUCGUGGAAUGUAAAGAGCCUUGAAGCCCUACCAAGUGCACCAGAUCAGGUCGUGACCAAUAACAAGCUGGGUGAUGAUGAAUAUUUCAUUCAGAAAAUCAUUUCGAUGAUCAAGAAACUGCAGCCAAGUGAGGAAGCAUUUUACGUGCUGGAUUUGGGUCUUGUAAGCAACCUCAUGGACACAUGGAAACAUAACCUUCCAAUGGUCCAACCUUUCUACGCCGUCAAGUGCAACCCACACCCGAAUCUCCUCGCCACCUUGGUGGCUCAAGGUUCAAGUUUCGACUGUGCAAAUCCCUCUGAGAUUGAGUCCAUUUUAGCUCUCGGAGUUUCUCCGGAUCACAUCAUCUAUGCUAAUCCCUGCAAAGCUAGCUCUCACAUCAAGUACGCUGCUGAAGUUGGCGUUAACCUAACCACUUAUGACUCGGUGGGUGAGAUUGAAAAGAUUCGAAAAUGGCACCCGAAAUGUUCUUUACUGAUCCGCAUCAAAGCUCCGGACGAGAGUGGGUGCAAUUGGCCACUGGGUUCCAAGUUCGGUGCUCUCCCUGAAGAAGUGUCUCCGCUCCUCCAAGCCGCUCAAACUGCAGGACUCAGAGUAGCUGGGGUUUCAUUUCACGUAGGAGGUGAGUCCUACAAUUUUCAAGCAUACAAAACAGCCUUAGAGGCAGCUAAGGCGGUUUUCCAGGAGGCGGCUAAGCUCUCUAUGCCUCCCUUGCAUGUGUUGGACAUUGGCGGUGGCUUCAUGUCCAAGCCAUCGUCCUUUGAAGCUGCGGCAGCAGCUGUGAAAACCUCUGUGGAGACUUAUUUUUCAGAGGAGGAGCGACGCAGCUUGACGGUGAUAGCCGAGCCAGGUCGGUUUUUUGCAGAGAUCGCUUUCACGCUUGUCACCAACAUCAUCGGGAAGCGUGUGAGAGGGGAGGACAGACAAUACUGGAUCAACGAAGGGUUUUAUGGGUCCAUGAUGCUUGCGGACCCUAAAACCCUACUUAAAUCGUGCAUUGCUCUGAAAUGCAUGUCCAAUAAGGUAUGUGACGGCAUCGAGAAAAAUCCAGUCUUGAUGGUAAGUGAAGAGCUACCGGCGGUGCUCGCGCUUACAGGUCGACUGUGUUUGGUCCGACGUGUGAUUCGGCUGACAAGGUGUUGGAGGGUGACCAGUUACCAGAACUGGAGGUGAAUAAGCAACAUGGGUGCUUAUACGUUGGCGCGUAGCAGCCACUUCCAUGGUUUUGGCUCCGCCAAGAUCACCUAUCUUACUAAUUAACUCAUGAUGGUGCAGUUUGCAGUAAUAAUCAUCCCGUGCUCAAACUAUUUCUCACAUUAGCAAAGUGAACUAGUGAUAGCAAAUAUCCUCUUCUUUUUUUUUUCUUCUUUUUUUUAGAACAAUUCUUAGGUUCACCCCUAGGGUGAACAAGCAUAUUCACCCCUAUUAUCAAUUAACUCACUUUUACUUAAUAAAUUUAUAAUCAAACGGUCCAUAUCUUAAAUUAGCAUUUAAAGAUCAUCUCUGUAAAAAAUCAAUCGAAUCGGAAAUCGUUUAAUUAUCUAAUUGAAUCAAAUAAAUGGACGGUUCUAACAACACUUACUGCUAUUAUAAUGAACCGUCCAUGUAUUUCAUAUAAAUAAAUAAUUAAAUGGUCUUCAAUUUGAUUGAUUUUUUACAGAACUAAUCUUUAUAUUACAUUAUACAACUUGAAUGGUUGAAUUAGAAAAUUACAAAGUUAUUAUGCAUUAAUCAUAAAAGAGGGUGAAUAUGCUGAUUCACCCCUUGGGGUGAACCUGAGAAUUGUUGUUUUUUUUAUCAGACAGAUAUAUCCUAGUUGGCUGCGUCCAACGUUCGUAUUGUUCUUACCAUAAGAAUCUUAUGAUUGUGCAUGUAUCUCUGAUUAAUUUCGAAUAAGAAUCUUAUGAUUGUGCCUGUA